CUGCACCCACUCGCGACUCGCGCUUGGACCCCGCCGCACCCCUGCCUAACUUAGCCCACCUGCAACUGGCCAUCUUCUCGUCCAAAACCCGACGUGAUCGUGAGAAAUGACGAACGAAUGAGCAUCGGAGCGAGGUUCAGCGAGACUGAAACCUGAGGGGAACGCCGUCGAUGGCAGCACGCGGGAGGAACGGGAGGGGCUCUGCCGAGCCGCCUCCGCCUCUAUCAUCAAUCUCAUCUGCUGCUUGUCUGUCUGGGCGUAGAGUGCUUUGUUUUUUUGCAGGCAGGCGACGGGGCGUCGACCAGGAAUGUGCAGUUGCGGACCAGCUAACGCUUCCGCUGGAGACUUUGCUUCGUGAGCAGCGGUAGCUAGGAUCGCCCCCCCGGGUGGAUCUAGCAUCUGCCAGGCUCGGCUUGGGAGAUUUGGUUUUUGUUCGCGCCCGGAUUGACGGCGUUGUGGCUUCCGUGAUAAGUCGACACGGGCACUGAGUUGGAACUGAUGAGUCCACGAGCACCUGGUGAACAUGUGAAGGGCUGUUGGAUUUUGCGCAUUGUCUUGGUACAAGUGGGCUCACGGUGCUGGAAGGGGAUUGUGGAUUGGAGCGUGCAGGAAGGCGUGAAACAGGUGUUGGAGGAAUCGGGGAAAAGCGGAAUGAGUGCAGGGUGGGUUGUGGCAAGGUGUCGUAGUAGCUUAGGGAAGGAAUCAGCUGUUGGCUGGUUUUAGAUCCGGCUCAUUUCUUGGAACAGGUAUCCGUCGAUCUCGGCAGAAUGCAGCUGUUGACACGAAUCGAAGGGGUUGUAAUGGAUUCCACCUGGUGGAACAGCUGCAUUAUUACGGACUCUGUAUCAGGUGAAAGAGAAAGUUUGAGUAAGGCGUGGGUGCUGCCACUGGUCGUGACUGUUCAGUAGACAUAGGACCCAGGGCGUCAAGGCAGCUGCAGCAGGGAAUGGGUUUGUUUGAGGGCUGUAUUUGAGGGGGCAACGUCAGCAGCGCUUGGAUCCCUCGCAACCGGGUGAUGUCGCGCAGUUUCUAUGAGUUGCAUGGCUUGUGGUGUUUACAGAAGUCAUGAGGCAUGAUUGAGUUCCUGCACAGUUGCCAGGACAGCAAUCCGGAGACGGGCAAAUUUGAUGCGGGCAUGGUGCGGGUUCUAGGCUGCUCUUGGAUACACGCGUCUGAUGCAGCGUUGGGAGUGCCUUGCAAGAAUGUAGCUUGUCAUGGUGUAGGAGAAGGAUAGACCUGCAUCCAGAGUGGUGAGAAGCAGGUUUGAGUCCCGAGAAGGGGAGGUGAAUGAGGGUACGCGUCCUGGAUGCACAGGCAUUGAGGGAGGAGUGAGCCAGAUUGAUGACGGAACUUUCGAUGUAGGAUCGGACCCGGCGCAUCGCAGGAGCAACAAUGUGUGGUGCAAUCCAUCGAUUGCUGCGAUUGUGUGACGAGAGUGAAAAUGCGUGGUUGUGGCAAGCCUGAGAUGUCAGUGGUUGUCUUCCUUUAGGGUUUGGAGAUCGAAGGGGGAACGGCUUCGGGUUGUUGUGGUGCAGCUCUUUUGGUACUCAAGCUGGUUCGACGCGUCGGUGAGUGUGGAUGCUUCAUCUCGUGGCUAGCGGGUAAGCAAUGGUCCAGUGAACGUAGGUGAUGUGAUGUUGAGGAUUACUUGUGCAUAUGGCAAGAGUGGGAGGGGAAGGGCAUUGGAGAGAGGAUUCCGAGAGGCACGAUUGAGGAUGUGAUGAGGAACUCGGCAUCAAAACUUGGCGGCGACGGUACGGAGGACUUGAGGAUGGCACGUUGGGCAAUAGCAGGAGGCAGAGUGGUGAAUCUCGUGGGUCAACUCUGAGUCGGAUUGAAGACAGGCAGAGGUGGCCGCACCACACGGCUAGAGAUGGACACCACCAUCGAGAAGCCGAGCGAGAGUGAGCCAGUUGAGGUUGAGACAGCAUGUGCAGUCCAGCGUGGUGACGCUGAAGUGAAGCUAUUGAGCAGCAAGUUGGAGUUGGUAGAGCCAGAUUUGAAGGUCAGAAUUGAGAACGAGAGUUUUCCGGUGAGUCCAUCUGUGAGCACCAGUCCGGUUGGAAGCAACCUGCUGCCUUCACGUGCAAGAACUGCUGUGUGGAGGCAAAAAGUCCACUCGGGAGUUGGCGCACCAGUGUUGGCUGGGCAAAGGAUUUUGGAAUUUCCGAGCCCGGCGAUGGUGAGUCAGAUCGCUACCGCCAUUGGUCCAGGGCAGAGGGUGCCGUACGAGAGCUGUAAACCGGAAUCCAGUCCUGCACUUCCAGGGACGCUUCCCGUGGCAUAUCGGUCGCUUCCUCCUGCGGCAGGGGUUAUGGGCUUGACCCCGAACCUUUUGACUCCGUCGCCAAGUAUCCUGGUGCCAUCUGCGGGGGUGCCACCCUUACCGGCAAGCUUGUCCCUGUAUCCACCUGGUUUGCCACUCACUUCAGCGGGGCAUCGGCGGAUUCCAGCAGCUCUGUCCAAUUUGACUUCGGCUGCGGGAUGUUCAGACCCUCUGGCUUCGACAAAUUUAUGUCGACUUCCAGGGAGAACCCCGCAAGCUAAUGGGAGCAGCACAAAGGCGCGAUCGGAGCACAUGUGCCAUUCGUCGAGGCAGAGUUGCUCUCAGUAUUGCCUUCAGGGAUACAAGCUGUGUCUGUGGCACAUUCUGGAGGAUCCUUCCGCCCCAUACAAGCAGUGUGACUUCGCGGAGUUUCCUAGCCGGGAGCGCUGCCGUUUUCCUGUGUCACUGAAGUCCGAGAAUACCAGGUUCUGUCAAAUGCACAAGCAGGUGAAGGGGUUUACCAUAAAUCCUGUGACACUGAAGAACCAGCAAGCCAUGGAGCGUCCUCUUUUGGGGGAAUUCUCGGUGCUGGUGGUGGCAGCUGCAGUUGCACAUCAGAUGGAGAUAGUAGCGCCUCCAAAGCUUUGGGCUUCAGUUGUGGUGAACCACGUAUCAGUGGUUCCACCAUCAUGUGGAAGUGGGUCUGUGAAGGAGGAAUAUGGGGCGUCGAUGUUUCAGAGAUCUAUAAGCGGGAAGAAGGUAGGCGCACAUGUGCACGGCGAUGUGAAGCCCGGGGAUGUGCCGUUUGCGCGCACGAAUUUGAAACCGGCUGUAAGGAGAGCGCAAGGGGGCUUGCAGAUGAAGGAGGAUGGGAAAGGAUUCGGCAGCGCACAAGGAUCCAGCACGAAGGUGUGCGUGGAAUGCAACUUAGACAAUGGGAGUUGCAGGACAAGCGGUUGUGGAUAUCAGGAUGGCACCUCGAUGACCAUCGCGCAGUUGAAGGUUGGGCCUGCUUCCACGAAGGUCGCAAGCGAGCUGGAGAAUUUCCGUGCCCAGCUAGGGAACCGGCUAAGCAGCCACGGGAUCUCUCUUCCGUAUACGAUGCCCAGUAGUGGGGGGAAGGUGGGCACAGACCAGGGAUUGAGUGGUGGUGCUAGAGGGUUCCAUCGCAGCGGAAGUCCACAUGAUGAGAAGCUGAUUCGGCCGAGCACUCCAGGGCAGGUUUUCAUGAACGGAGGGUGUGCAAAGCGGCGGGCACACGAUGCAGCAAGUGUUCCGUGCUUGGUGGAUAUCGGGCCUGUAGAGCUGAACAGGGUAGGUUUGAUGUGCAGUCUGCAGCAGGUUCCAGGGAUGCUACAAGGGAAGAGGUCAUAUGACCAGCUGAGUAUCCUGCCGACAGUCGAUUUUGGAGGCCUGGACAUGGCCACGAUGGGAGUGCGGUGUGGGCCUCGAGAGCCUCGAGCUAUUCCUGGUUUGGCUAUCAAACGCAAGUCUAAGGUGCAGACCCCGAGAGACAGCUCUUCUAUGGGUCGAGGCCAGGGGCGAAGGGUGUUCUUCUCGCGAUUCGUUGGAGUGAGGAAGCGACCGUGGGGAGCCUAUGGGGCUGAGAUUCGUACGCCAGAGGGAAAGCGGUUGUGGCUGGGUACAUUCACUACGGAGGAAGCCGCGGCUCGGGCAUAUGAUGACGCCGCGAGAAUUUUCCGGGGUAAGAGUGCAGUGACGAACUUUGUGCAGGGUUCUGAAUUCGACUUCGGGAUGAGUUCUCCUUUUGCUAUGGGGUCGUCUUCGACUUCUAUGGAAGAAGAUAAUGCGAGUGAUGGGUCGGGCGCGAGAAUGCGCUCAGCAUUGAACAUGAAGAAGAAAGAUGGGGAGGCAGGAGUUGUGACACUUGGGAUCGUGCAGUCGAACCUUGGUAGUGGCGAUGGCAUGGGGGCGGGGAACAAGAUGGAUGGUUUUGGUAGUCCUGUGGAAACCUUGAACUUGUUAGGUGGUUUUGGAACGAAUGGCAAGGAAAAUGUGCAAGCACUGCGCAGUGCAUCCGAGGGUCCUGGUCGGACGCCAAGCGGGCAUUUGAAAGUCACAAGGGGGGUGGCAAAGGAAAGUUCGAGGCGUAAACAGUCGCAGAAGGUGACAGGUCGUGGAGGGAGUUCGAAGAAGGGCGAGGACUUGGGCGGGUUGAGGUGGCCAGAGGAAAGGCUGGAUGAAGGCACGUCAGGACCGGAUCGGCUGUUAUUGUUGAGCAAUUUCGCGAUCAGGCAUGAAGGGAUGGAGAUGGAGGAAGGGCCGGAUUCUUGUAAGAAUGAAUCGAAAGAGCAGGGAGCAGGUGCAGGGUCAGGUGUGGCUGGAACGGAUUCCGGGGACUCGGACGAAGAGUCGGAUGGCCCAUCAGAUGCGGAGCUGGGACUGGAUUCUGCCUCAGGGUUGCGGGUGAAAAUGGAGGAGGACGUCGGGGGUAGGGAAAAGUCCGCGGAGCCAUUCGUUUGUGCAGAACUGAACGAAGAGGAGAAACAGCAGCUGUUGGAGCUCGGGAAAGCGGACCCCGAGUUUCGGUUGACAGGGGUGCGCAAGUCUCAGUCAGGAAGAUUCGAAGCCACGAUUUAUGACCGCACGAUGAGGAAGAAAAUAUAUGUAGGAAUGUACAGUUCCAUGCUGGAGGCUGCCCGUGCACGCGAUCAGAAAGCUCUGGAUCUGGGAUCCAUGUCCACUCUGAACUUUCCCGAGAUGAGAGCUAUACAGGCCAUGAGGAAUACGAAGGCGGGUGGAGGAGGUAGUAAGAAGAAGUCGAAGGCUGAAGAUAUUGCGCAGUCGUUUAAAAAGAUACGACUGGCUUCGCAAAGCAAGUCGGAUACGGACACAAGGAAAGUUCUGAAGCGGAAGGUGCCGGAUAGUGAGGAGAAGUCAGAGUCGAAUAAAGUGAAAUCUUUGAAAUGCAAAGCACCGAUGCCAAGGUUGGAGGGUUCGGAAUUGAAGGCUUUUGACGGGAGUAAUGCGAUGGAGACGGAUGAGGAAGAUGCGUUGAAAGGUGAGAAGCAGGUGCCUGCGAAAGCCUCGACAAAUUCUCCAGCAGCUUCAAACAAGAAGGGCGGUGCAGCGAAAGCACCUAGAAGCAGCAUAAGCUCAGGGCAUGAGAAGUUGGGGGGCGAGGCUGCCGAAACGGCGUCUCACAAGGCGAAGCGGAAAUCUGUGGAGUUCCAGAAAUCGGAAAUGGAGUCGGAGAAAGAGGCUCUGAAACUCAAGAAGCAGAAAGUGGAGGAAGCGAAGGAGGUAAGUACAGCCGUGAAGAGGCGACGUGCCCCUAGCGCGAAGGGCAAGGCAAAUGGUGGAGCAUCUGGUCAAGAGGCCUGUUCUACUACAAAAGAGGACGGAAAGGACAGCGACGGUGUGAAGCAGGAAUCCGGCAUGGUUGGUCAAGGAAAUCAAGCAGGUCAUAGAGCUUCACGGAAAAGCAACAUACACAGAGCCUUUGCGGAUAGCUUUGUGGAAUCUGACUACGCGCGAGUGUACAAGACAACAUCAAAGCGGAGGGCCAUGCUGGACAAGGUUGGGAGGAAGUCGGACAGCUCCUCUACGAUUCCCAGCGCAGAGAAGAGCCCGGCUACUUCACCAAAAGAAACAACUCCGAAUCCAUCAAGGUCGCGGAAGGAGAGGAAAUUUCAGGGGAGGAGGACGAAGCAAAGGGUAAAAACGGGGAGGAGAGAGGCGGAUAAGGUCGCAAGAAGCCGCUGUUGUCGAAGUCAAAUUAUCAUGGAUUCGGGCAACUCGGAAGCGUCUGGGAGGGAUGAUGGCGAUGGCGAUGGGGAUGGGGACGGCGACGGCGAGUCGUGGAGUACGAAGUACGACAGUGGUUUGAAGAGCAAGACCAUGACAGGGAAGCACAGCAAGCCUGGUGAUGCAGGAAACACGGGUUCGCCUGUCGGGCAGGAUGUCGAAGAAGGUGGUUCGGAUGAGGCCGACGUGGCGGUUGCGGAGCAGUCGCAGAAGGCGUCAGUGAGAUCCAUGCGGUCGAAGAAAGGAACGUUUGCGCGGGCAUCUAUGAACAAGAAGGCGAGUCGGCGAGGAAACAUGACGCGGCGGGCGGACUUCAGAGGCGUGUAUUGCAAUGGACACAAGUUCCAGUCGAUAUAUUACAAUCCCGCAACCAAGAAGCAUACGUAUCUGGGCACAUUUUUGACUGCGGAGGAGGCUGCCCGAGCUCAUGACCAGGUGGCGUUUGGGCAGUUUGGGGAGGAAGCUAAGUUGAACUUACCUGAAGAAAUUGAGACGCUGAGAAGAACUGUUAAGGUGAUCGGAAACAACGCAGUUCUGAUGAACCGCAGCAAAGCGAAAGAAGCAGAGGAGGAUGGCGAAGAGGAAGAGGAAGAUGGAGGAGAUUCACGUUCUUCUAGUCCGGUUGCUAGCCGAAAGGAGGAGGUGGAAGAUGCAGAAGCUCCAGUAGACGGUGACAUGGCUGAAGCCGUGGAGGAUGAAGAGGAAGAGCGAGGUUCACCCGGUAAUUCGCCUUCGAAGCCAAGCCAGAUGGGCGGAAUUUGGAGCAAGUCCAAGUGGUUCAAGGAUGAUUGUUUGGACAUUGUUUUGAAGAAGGGCAACAGUGGCGAGAACGCGUGUAGUGGUGGUAUUCCUGGUCGUAGUGGUGAUGUAAAGUCGUCUGAGAAGCCUAGUGCGGGGUCGAAGCUGUGCAGUGGCGAGCGUGGUGGAGGUGCCGAAGAUUGGAAGACUUCGGAGCAGGGGAAUCGGGAAAAGGGAGGUAGAGAUGAAUUGCGAUUAGGAAGCGACGUGGAAGAGAGAGCGGGGAGGCGAAUCUCCCGUCGCAAGAUGUAUCGUGCAAGUCGCAUUGGGACCCCAGGCAGUGUUCUCGAGGAAGUCGUGAGGAUUUCUUUGGAGAAGGAUAAAAUUAGAGAAGAGCAGGAAGGGAAGGAUGAGUGGGAAGGGGAGAAAAGUUUGGGUGGAGGGCAAAGUGGGGCCUCGGUGGAGGAAAAGAAGUGUCAAGGUAGUUCCAGCCAACAGGUGUUGCGAAGGAGUCGCAGGAAUACCCCUCCGCCGAAAAGCUCAGUCGUGGAAGCUGGUGCCGUGUCAGUGCCUGAGAAGGGCCAGAGUGAGGAGCAAAGCGAGGCAGGGCCAGCCAUGCCUUUGUUUGAUGCGUUGGCAGGAGAAUUCCUGAAGGCGAGUAUUGUGUUGGAAACGGCUGAAACUGAUGUAGGUGAAGGCCGGCUUCACAAGGAAGGCGAAACAUCUGUGACUCGUGCGACACAUGAAACUCACGGUGAAGUUGUGAACGGCGACCGGCUUGGGAAUGAGGCUUUGGAAGCCCCCGAGGGCGAGAUUGGCGCCACGAGAGGUUUGGCAGGGAACCCGGCAUCGAUGACUUCGAGUGAGAAUGCGGGCCUUGCUGACGAUGACGCAUAGUGGGCAAUCGGAUGGCAUCGUCAGUCAAUACUCAUGUGAGAGCCCCUCGCGCAGCUUAGGGUGGCGUGAUUGUAAUUUUCAGAGCGUGGAGGCUGGAGGCAGCAUCCCUCACCCAAAGCAUUGUGUUGAAGAGUUGGUCUUGGGAUCAGCUUGAAGAGAGUCGUAAACGGCUUUGUGCGGUUCUUGAGCUGGAAGCUAGGCUGGCGUUACGGGGAUGAUCUUGUGAAGCGCUUUGUGGGAGCCGCAGACGUCCAAGCACAGGUCGGAAUUGGAUUACAAAUGUUGGUAUACGUGGAUUGGGACGUGUGCAGAUUCGAUCGGAAGAAGGGGUCCUGAAGAUUGUACAGAAAGUUGCAGCAGUUUGUGCAGCUGUGAUGUGACUUCUAAAUUUCCUCUGAGCGAGGGAUUACAUUGUAAAGAUUGGUUAGAGUCAGGUUGUGGGGGUAAGUUUAGGUAGUUGUACACGAAACAGAAUUUUGAAGGAAUGCGGCGAAUGUCCCCCAUCACCCAUUAUUUAAUCUAUGCUCAUUUGGCUACUGCCGUAGCUGCUGCUUUCUGUGCGCUUGGUAGGGUUUAUUUUGGCGA